AUCGAUUACGUGACGAGGAACCAAGGAAUCGUCUCUAUUUAGGAUGUAUAUACCCAUUUAUGAAGUGUAACGUCUUUAUUAAUAGCUGAUAGAAACCUAGAAGGAUACAACUGAAACAAACAGUCUCAGUCACGUGAUCGCAUAACGAUGCAGUGUGGGACUCUACUUUCACUUGCAGCCACUUAUGCACACCAGUGGUCGGUCGGUUGCAAAAAGAGUUCGGAUUAAAUGCAGUAGGAACGUAAUCAAACGCAAGUUCUAUAGUACUCGCUUCUGGUUAGUUGAAAACCAAGUUGCGUUCGAUGUUUUGGAGGUGAACUUGGUUGCAAGUCGUUUUGUAACUGGCCCUCAGGAACGUCCAUCAUCCAGCUACCCAUUUCACUUGCUUGUAUAAUAAAAUAUUGUGCUCUCGAAUAAUAGGCAAUCCGAAACCGACCAACAUGACCAAUAGGCAUCGUCUUAAGCUAAUUAAUAAAGAUUCUUAAUGUGUGUGAUACUUGCCCGUUUAGAUACACUGUAGCCUACACCUACAUAGCUUGUCUGUAUCUCAAUCCAUCUUGUGGAAUUAUUCCGACUAUCCUCAACCUAUCAUCAAAUUGGUGUACUUCAAUCCAUUUGGACUACCUUCGUAUUUAGUUUAAUCUCAGUAUUAAUUUUCAAUACAUGCAGUCUCUUCGUCGGGGCUGAAUAACCGAUUCCUCUUAAUCUUUUUCGCCAUCAAUGGAAUCAUCUUUGCAAAAAAAAGAGAAUGGCGUAAAUGUGGCUUCAGUUUAAUUGUUUGAUUUUACAAUAUUGCAGAUCAGGCCAUAAUUCGUGCCGACCCGAUUGCUUGACCAAGGAGAACUUACUAAAGAGGAUUCCACGCAUCAUGUUAUCCAUUACAUCAUAUAUGUCAGAUUUUCAACUAGCAACCAUUGCAGUAUGCAUUCUGUGUGUCACCAUUAUCACCUUAAUAUGGUGUCUGUGGAUAAGACGAUCCCGGACACCGCGACGGAGGCAGAGUAGGAUUGACAUGGAAUAUGCUGUCAAGUUUUCUUAUCCUCGAAGAUUGACUCAAUCCGGGACUGGUAACGGUGAUGCCACGACUGACAAAUCCUCCGCAAUUGUGUCUAUUACUCAAUAUACUCCGGAAGUUCAUCCACGAUCCGAUAGCCUGAGGGCGGGAAACUCCAUUCCUCCUCUUUCUCCUCCUGAAACGAAGGCAUGUUAUGAGGGGAUAUCUGCUAUUGAAUACAAACACGUGGAGCUGGAACCAUCACCAGCCGAACAUCGAGACGAACAUCGAGAUGAACAACGGGGUGAACAACGAGAUGAACAAGUAGAUGAGGCUUUAAGUCGGGUAGAAUCAACCAAACUGGAGGAGAAUCCUAAAACUUUCCAGUCCCAAGUUUCUACCGAGUCUCAUGGCUACGCACAAGGAGGUAAUAUAGGCCCUGUAUCCGUUGAAGAGUUUGUAGACCACGUCAAGGAAAUGAAGAAAGACAGUGGACUUUUCGACGAUGAAUGGGCCCGAUUAUAUGACCAUAGAUACAUGCCACAGUCCUUUGCAUUAAUGGAAGCAAACUUCAAGAAGAAUCGAUACAAGAACAUUCUUCCGUAUGACCAUACAAGGGUCAUCCUUGAUUUAAUCAAUGGUGAUCCUAACAGUGAUUACGUCAAUGCAAGUUAUAUUCAGAGUUUCUCAAAGGAAAAGACAUACAUUGCAUCACAAGGACCCAACGCGACUUCGAUAUCAGAUUUUUGGAGGAUGGUUUGGGAGAAAGAGAUAGAGACUAUUGUCAUGGUAACCAAUCUGGUGGACAAGGGCAAGAUAAAAUGUGAGAAAUAUUGGCCUGAUCAGGGAGAGGAACUAUUUUUUGAGGAUAUGAUAGUGAGUUGUGAAGCGGAGAUCCAUGGGAUAAAUGACGCCAGACGAUCACUCAUCAUUCACAAGGGCGAUGAGAUUCGUAUCCUGGAGCAUUUUCAUUUCACACGCUGGCCAGACAAAGGAGUGCCGAGGAAUGUUUCCGUACUACUUAGAUUCAUACAAGAAGUUAACAGAUCACAUGACCAAAAAUCUACACCCCUAUUGGUUCAUUGUAGUGCUGGCGUUGGUCGUACAGGAGUGGUGAUUGCAUUGGAUAAUGAGAUGAGAAGAUCCAAACAAACUGGUUUUGUCGAUAUCUUCAAUUUUGUCAAAUCAAUGAGACAGUGUAGACCUCAGAUGGUGCAGACACCGGAGCAAUACGAAUUCAUCCAUGACGCCAUGUUGGAAUAUCUUGUUGGUCACGACACUAUGAUACCACGUGACCGAUUCGUGGAACACCUCACUGAGAUGGAAAUCAAACCUGAAGCAGAGGGUGCUGUUUCAAAGUUACACCAAGAGUUCAGGAUCCUGAAUCAAGUCUGUCAUGAGCCACCGAUUGAUGCCAGUAACAUGGGGAGAAUGGAAGAAAAUUCAUCAAAGAAUCGAUAUCAAAACGUCCUUCCUCGAGACACACAUCGACCUCUCCUGAUAUCCUUCAGUACCGAUUCAUGUUCGGAGUAUAUCAACGCAACAUUCUGUCAGGGAUACAAAGAUCGUGAGCGGAUCAUUACGACUCAGAUGCCCCUCCCACAGACGGUUACGGACUUUCUACGACUGAUCUACGAUUAUCGCAUUAGCACCGUCGUGAUGCUUAACGGGCUUUCGGACGAAGACAGUUCUUCUAUGUACUGGGACGGGGAUAAUCCAAACAUUCUUCUACCAUUUUCAAUCGAUGUAUUGGACGUCGUGAAAUCUGAUCAUUGGACAGAGCGUACGAUAGAACUCAAACACAGAAAGAACACCAGGGUUGUUCAACAUUUCCAAUUUCAAUCGUGGGAGAAAGUGGAUUCUACAGAAUUCUACCAGACAUUACUUGAUUUUAUGAACAUCGUAACCUGCCAACAAGGUGAUGAUAGUCCAAUCCUUGUUCACUGUUUGAGUGGGGUUGGCCGGACUGGUGUAUUCUGUGUUGUGAAGAUGUGUCUUGACCAGCUGGAGUAUGAAGAUGCAGUGGACGUGUUUCAGAUUGUCAAGACACUGAAGAAUGAUAACUUCCAAAUGAUACAGAGUUUGGAGGACUACAGGCUGUGUUACCGCAUCUUGAAUCAUCUCAUGGCGAUGUCACAAGACUCUACUUUACAAUCUGUUCAAGAUUUCCAGAUGGAGAAGGAGGAAUGUCUGUCUGAGUCUCUGUCGGCAAAGACAGGUGAUGAUCAUGAUGAUGGUGGUGACGAUGACGGUGAUGUUGUUAAUGAGGAGGAGGAGGAGGAAGAUGAUGACGUAGAUCCCAAUGCAUACUACGCUCAUACCGAUGAUGAUGACGAUGAUGGUGGUGGCAAUGGUGAAGAAGAAAAUCUAACCGAAGAAAUUACUGAACUUUAACAAUGAAAUUAUUGUCUUUUAAUACCCUUCGUAGCCUAAUAUGGUACUUGAUAAAUUUGACUUCAGAGCGCUGUCACUCUUAGACUCCAAUUAUUGUGGGGGGGAGGGGUUCCAAUGGAGAACAAAGAUAUAUUUAGUGGGUUAUGCAAUGAACCAUACUGUGUUGUGUCAUCGGAUGAAUUAUUUUUGUAAAGCAAUAUUUUUAAGCCACCAAGUAAUUAAUCAAUUGCUAUAAUUACAGCACACAAACCACAUUGGUCUACAUUUUAAUAAAAUGGACCGAUGUGGGAACGAAUGGGUUUCUCGCAUAGUUCAGAAUCAUCAGAUGAAACAUCGUUUUGGUGAAUUAUGUAGGUCAUAUGUUGUUUCUAACAACUGUCUAACGAAAAUAUGUCAAACCAUCAUCGCAAAUAUUUGUUCGACCUGGGCCCUACUGCAUAAAAAGGAUUUUAUUAUGCAUUUACUUCCAUCAAUUACCCUGAUUGGGCAAUCUAAAUUCACUCAUUCAUUCUUGCCCGUUUAGAGAACAGAACAUAAGAACUGAAAUAAUAAAAAAUAUUAUCAUUUAAGAAAAUUACAUGAACGUUGACAGACAACCCCAGUAUUUUCAAAUUGUGGAUGUUUUGCAUGUUUUUUAGUUAAAUCUCUAAAAUUUCACUUACAUUAGCAGUUUAAGAUUUGUAGCGCAACGAAAGAGUUCCUGUUUAAAGUUGUAUAUAUUGUCAAUUCAAACCUGAUAUGAAGGAUUGUCUUGUAUCAUUAUGAAAUUAUUUAUAUUGGUAGUUAUGUCACUUUUCAUUCAAAGUUUAUAAUGCAAUAUGUGAUGAAAUAUUUUGAAAAAAACGAGGUUAUGCUUGAUCACCUUCGUAUUACAGCAAGAGGCAGGCGAACCAUAAUGCUGGACUGGUAAAUCGUACUAAAGAGUGAUCCCAAUUACAUGAUUAGUUGAUAUAAUGUACACGUGACUAGGCCUUUAUUUUGCCUGAAACAUUAAAUUUAUUAUGAUUGGCGUUAAGCAUACUUGUCUCAAUUUUAGGCCUGUCAAAUUAAAAGGAUCCACAAUAUUUUCUAAAAGAAAGAUAAUAAUAGCAAACACCACUGUUUGUUAAUGAUCCACACUCGGUACUUUCCAAAACCCGAACACAUGUGUUUAUUAGGUACAUUGCGUGGGUUUGUUUAUACUAUCACUUAAAACUCCUCACGCUCUGGCGUUGAUAACGAUCCUCGAUUCAUACUUGCAAUUUGUACUUGUAAUACAUGUAUGAUCCCUGAAUAUAUGCUUUCAUCGUGAAGAAACAAAAUGUCAAUUAAAAGUUGCAAAUGGGCCUUAUUCUUAUUCUCUUGUUGAUUUUACCUUCUUACAUUAUCACAGGUUCAAAGUGUGUACCGUGUCAUUUUCUUAAAAUGCAUUUGGAACUCCUUUAGAAGUUGAAUGUUAAUGGGUUUUUUUUAAGAAAUGUAAAGUGUAGGACUACUUAUAGCAUGGAUGGUGUUUUGAGAAUUCUGACAGGACAUCAUUAAUGGGACGCCAUUCUUUUGUUCAAUGGUUACGUAGAGUUAAUUGACCUAUAGACCUCUCAUUGGAUGUCAAUCUUUUCUCCCUUUUCCUUUUCCCACCUUUAUCUUGCCCUCUUUCGUAUUGGGUCUACUCUUUCUUCCAACAACUAAAAAAAUCGAGUAUUGACACCCCACCCCCUUUAUUAUAGCACAGCAAUGUCCUUUCUUGUGAAGUCUUUGCACCAUCAUGUGGCAUUGGUCUGUGCGAUGUGUGACACCAAGUGACACCAUAAGAAACGUUACAGAUACACAGUUAACAUUGAAGUUAACCGUUGUAUAAAGGGGACCAAAAGGGUCAUUUUACUCCGGUGUUAAAUUUACAGUGUUGGUUCAACACUAUAUUAAGAAUACAUUUUUGUUGUUACUUCUACACCUUUUGUGUCGUUUUUUUUAAUUUAUAGGGUGUAAUCUUAACACCUCAGGAUGUAGUCCUCUAGGGACACCAAAUGGUUUUGAUUUUAACACCUAGUAUCUACAGUGUAACACGACACAAGAGUGAAAAAUAACACGGUUCAUUUUUAUAUACCAUUUAGUGUUAAUGGAGGUUAGUGGAGAAGUAUCAUGUAAUUGUGAUUUUUUUUAAAUUCUUGUAUGUGUAAACAUGGAAUUUUUAUUUCUAUGGAUAAGAAAACUAUUGAAAUCGUUUACUUGGUAAAAUACAAAAUGAUCGUUAAAUCAAAUGACAAUUGAACCUAUUGAGAUGAUUGGACCAAAUGGUAGAUAGACCAAAUGGAAAUUGAACUAUUUCUCACCCCCCCCCCAUCCACCCCCUUUAUCUCUCUCUUUCUUUGUUUCUUUUACUAUCAUACUAACAGUUUAGCAAUGAUUGAAAUUCACAGAAGUUAUUUUGGACAAAAUUUAUGGAGAUUUGUUUGUAUUAAAUGAAAGAUUGAGCACU